AUGUAAAAUAAUAAUUGUUUGUUUUGCGAAAAACAAAGAAUAGAAGGGACCAUCCAUUAUCCCACUCUAUUACAGACAGUACCAAUCUAAUUUAUAAAGGCACUUUACUUGAAAUAUAAUUCUCAAGAUGAAAUGUCAAUCGAUGAUCUGAUUAAACAUGCCCAUAAGAAAUGGGUUAUAGAUUUCUAUGAGAAAUCAUAAGAAAUAUAGGAUUAAGAGUUUCUUAAGAAAUACUAUGACAGAGAACAUGGGAUCGUUCCUAAACUAAUUGAUUUAACUGAAUACUACAAAUAUAGUUUAGAUACACCUAAUCUAUUUAUGCUCCCAUUGUUUAAGCUAAUAAAAAACUACAAUAAAUUAAGAAAAGAGUAUCAUUACACAAAAAUCAAAUACAAAUUAAAAAUAUUGGUGCCUCAAAAUGGCAUUAAGGUUGAUAAAAAAUAUACUCAAUUAUUGCAAUUGACGAUGAGCAACCAAGAAGAUGAAUAGUAAUCUUUGAUUUCACUCUUAAAUAAAUUCUAACCAUAAUAAAUAGCUAUCCCUAAAUAACUAAAAUCAUAUACUCAAUAAUCAUGUAUAUAGACUACUAAGUUGCAUACGAAACCCCUGAUUAAAAAGAGUGAAUAAGCAAGCUACAAACUUAAGUCAAUUGUAAAUGGGGAUAUAGUGUAACAACAACCUUAAUUAUUGUCUCAAUAAUAAUAAUAUUAAUUAUAAAGGAGAACAUAAUCAAAAUCUCAUUCGAAUAUUAAAUUUCAUACACUUCAAAGUGUAAAUAACAAUUCAAAAAAACAGAGUAUUGCUUACAAUAAAUCAAAUCUGUAACCCAUUAAAACUCUGGGACAAAGCAAAAUAGGAUCUCAAGCGGAUAUAAUCAGCAAUAUUUAAAUAUAGAACACCAAUUCUAUAGGUAAAACCAGAUCAAGAAGAAAAUUAAUUUAAUUAUUUUAUAAAUGA